CAGUGCAGCCGCGGUGAGAGGUCAAUGAAACAUGCCUGUGACAUUGUAGGUUUUUUGUUUCACAGGGAACUUGUUAACUUCUCAGAUUAUUAAAGAUGUACAGAAGGGUCGUUUUACUGGCAACCAGGAACAGAAGCGGGAUAACCCCUGUUGUAGAGCACAGUGUAAACAUAACAAAUCAACAAGAAACGAAAAGAAUAUCUGUGUCAACAUGUCCUAACCUGCAAAGGAUGCACUAUAACAAGGGAGUCUGUGCUCCCAACCAGAGGUCCUUUAGCACAAGCAAAGCUAUCUCCAAAGAGAGUGAAGAGUCUUCUGCACCUAAAACUGGAGAGAAAGAAGCCAAGGUGAAAGAGAAGAAGCCGGGGAAGUCUGGAAAAGAGAACCUGUUAGAUCUCCUGAGUGCAAUGAAAGUAGACGUGACCACAAAGAAGAAGUUCCAGGCUUCAAAAUCUCAGAAGAGCAAGGAGCAACCAAGAGUUCACCCUGAAUCCAUGGAGAGUGCAACAAGCAUGUUUCAGAAAGCUACCACAGAACAGCAGACUCAGAAAGAGUCCCUGAGCCCAGAGCUCGUUGCCGCUGCAUCUGCGGUUGCUUCCUCCAUGCCUUUUAAAAAGAGUCAGACGGAAUCAGAGCUGCUGCAGCAGCUAAGGAAACACGAGUCGGACACUGAGGUCCAUAGAAAAGGAGAAACUAACAACAUUGGUAACAUCAUUGCUGACAUGAAGGUAGGCAAGCUCCCCAAUACUAGGUCGCCUAACAGACCGGCCAAUCAGAUUCGCUUUGAUGAUGAUGGCCGUGGCUAUACUCAUGACAGAGGAGUUGUGAAUGAGUUUGAUGCAGUCAGGAGGAGGAAAGGUUUGUUCACUGGCAAGAGACUGAAUAUUUUUCCAUCCAUGACGGACACAACAGAAACAGAACCCAAAGAAGUAUCCGUUCCCUCCCUGUGGGACAUUGAGCUGGCUGGUCAGAUUGCAGCUGUUAUCAAACACCUGCCCCGGAAUGGAUUUGAGGAAAUGAUCCAGUGGACAAAGGAUGGAAAGCUCUGGCAAUAUCCCAUCAACAACGAGGCUGGUCUUGAGGAAGAAUCAGAUGUCCCAUUUCACGAACAUGUAUUUUUAGAUAGUCAUCUGGAAGACUUCCCAAAGCAAGGACCAGUUUGCCAUUUCAUGGAACUUGUCAUCAACGGGUUGUCUAAAAACCCCUAUCUAACCGUCAAGCAAAAGAUUGAGCACAUAGAAUGGUUCCGUGGGUACUUCCAGCAGAAGGAAGAGGUUCUAAAGGAGAGUGAAGCGUACUGAGUAGACCUGGGGAUGAGGGGGACACAAACCAGCUCAAUAUAAUGCUCCUUCUACGCUGUACAUAAGCAGUUACUGCAUUGGAAAACACGGGAGUCCAGGUCUGUCACAUCACCCCAAAUCACGUUAAAUUUCUUUGAUCCUAGACAAAGUAAGUGAAUAUGGGCUUGUGUUGAAAUUUGGUAUUUUGUAUAAGACGGGAACAGGAAGGUCUUCAAAGUAAGGUCCUUUUGGGGGAGGGGAGGGGGGGGGGUGUAGUAGUCCAGCUUAUUGGUAUGUAAAGGCAUCACAAAGAAGGCGAUUGUACUCCAAACUUGGUGUAUGACAGCAGAAAGUGUCUUUUACCAGAAUUUUGCAGCAAUGUCAUAAAUAAACAUUUAAAAAAUGUAUUGAAUGAUUUAAUUUUGUUCCUAUGACAAUAGUUUCACCUUGCAAUACAUGUAGCAUGACAACAUGUGAUCCGAUAAGCAGAUUCUUGGAUUUGUAUUAAUUGCAGUUUGCAACACACAAAAAAAGUUUGAAAACUACUACAUAAACAUAUAUAAUACAAUACACAACAGCAUUUUAAGCUUUCACUUGGUUGGAUGUGUUUUUUGUAUGAAAAAUCUGUUUAAUAACAUCAUGUAUCCUCUUAAAAAAACUAAAUGAAAAACUGUAAAUGAUACACUUGUUUGUACCUUCACAAAACUCAAUGUGACUGCAUGAAAAUGAAUAAACAACAUAACAUACCUGCUCGAUGUAUUAGCUGAUGCACAUUUAAUAAAAGGUCUGCCCUUUUA